AUGAUCACACGAGCGCCCACGCAACUCUUCCGGGUCUCGCUCGGUGUCACGGCCAAACCCCCGAUCCUGAUCUCCGCGCGGCAAUUCUCCACAACCAGAGAGAAGCAGGCAAAGAACCGCAUCUACACCCCUGUCCGGCGCGAAGACGAGUUCCAAUCCUACCUCUCGCUGUCCACCAGCUCCCGAACGCCCCUAUUGACUUUCUGGACCGCCUCGUACUGCAAUACCUGCAAGACCGUGUCUCCUAUCCUACAGGAGCUUGUGAAGUCUGGGGUCGGCGAGGAGGAGGGUGGAGUCUCAUAUUGCGAGAUCGAAUACGAUUCUAUGGAUAUCAUGGACAGUGGGCUGGGAAUGACAUAUAUGAUUACAAGCAUGCCAACGCUGUUGAGUUUCGACCGCGGAGAGGCACAAGUCAAUACCAAGAUCGUGGAUCCGAAGCAGAUGAGGGAUGUAGAAGGACUCAAGGAAUGGAUACGGAAUGAGGCUAAGAGGGGAGGUAGUGGUGGUGGUGGUGGAGGAGGUUUUGGGGGAGGUGGACUGUUUGGAGGACUGUUUGGGACUGGAGCAAGGAAGUAA